CGAGCUGUCGCCAUCUUGUCUCGGUGCGGCGCCGAUUGAAGUUUGGUGACGAGUGGGCACCGCCGAGGCGGCGGGCAGAGGUAGUCACUUUAACAACGGUAGCAAAAAAUAAAUAAAAAUCCAGGCUCCUCUUUAUCUUGGUUAAAGUUUGCCUUAAACCCCAUGCAUGGGGGUUGCUCUGAAACUUCAGCGACAGGCUAAGCGUCGGAGGGUGUUUCCAUGGUUACCGUUGCUGGGGCCAAGGGAUGUGCGCCAGGUGCAGCUGUGUAAACACAGACCACUGUUUCUUAGAACAGCAGCUGGAAUACUAUGCAGCAGAGAGCCAGCUAAGCAAAAUGUCCCAUCUUUCCAAUGAGGAUGAGUCAAGUCUACAGUCUUUGGUUAGACAGCUAUUGAAGAGCAUUAAGGAGAGAAUUGUGGGUGCACCUUCACUCGAAUGUGCGGAGGAGAUCUUGCUGCACUUAGAGGAAACGGAUGAAAAUUUUCACAAUUACGAGUUGGUGAAGUACCUUCGGAACCAUAUUGAUGACGUACUGGGUUCCGUGAUUGAGAAGGAGACUGAGAAAUGUACUGGAGAGGGCCGAACUUUAGUUUCUGGUCAAGAUACUCUUGUUCAACAAGUUACGAGAAGCAUUCGAGAAUCCAAAGAAUACAAGGAUAUGAUGCAAUCAUUAAAAAAUAGUAUGAUGGUAGUUGUUGAGUCCCUGAUUAAUAAAUUUGAAGAAGAUCAACUGAAGAAAGAAGAACUACACAGGAAAAAACAGCAUGAGCAGCACACUCAUUACUGCAUGGAUAAUUGCUCAGACAGUGGAUCAUUAUUCAAUCAGAGUUACACAUUUAUGAAUCAGGAACAAUUGCAAAUUAUAAUAGGAAGAAUGGAUCCCAGCCAGUCAAAGGAGGUUCGACGGGAUGCCUUGCACACUCUCUGCUGUGCUCCUCCGUCUGAUGUAUUGAACUGUGAAUACUGGGGAACUCUCUGCAAAUACCUCGCAGCAGCUCUUUCAGAUCCAGACUCUACACUGAGUGAUAAAGGCCUUCGGUUCUAUGCAAAAACAUUUUCAUCAUCAACAUUUAGCAUUUCAAGAGAAAUCUACACAAGCCUGGCCAAGCAUUUGGAGUCCUGCUUUACUUCGCAGCAAAGUUCAGUUCCCAGUCUUUCAGUUGGUGUGGAUAUAACAAAUCCUGAUAUUAUACAGUUACUUAAAAAGUUUCGCCUUCUUAAUGAGUUUCAGAAAGAAGUUCCAUCCUUCUGGAUACGUCAUCCAGAGAAGUUUAUGGAGGAGAUAGUGGAAAGUACUCUGUCACUGCUGUCAGCAACACAUGAACAGAGUCUUAAUAGCGACACCUCAGACCAUGUACUGGAACCCAUCUAUUUCCUGGCAAUGCUGGAUAUAAAAGCCUCCUGGUUCAAGAAAUGGAUGCAUGGUUACUACAGCAGAACAGUGGUUUUAAGACUCCUUGAAAAUAAGUACAAGUCUUUGAUAACUGCAUCUGUUCAGCAAUGCUUGAAUUACUUUGAUUCAAGAAAUUUAGAGGAUGAUGCUACUGACAAUUUAUGCACCAUGCUUUAUCACUUAAACAGUGGUCAGAGGACAUACUAUACAGGACAUGAAUUGCAAUACAUCUGCUUCGUACAUUCACUGUGUCUUCUGGGAAGAUUGUUGAUGUACACUCAUGGUAGAAAACUAUUUCCUAUAAAAGUGAAAAACAGAAAAGAACCAGUAUCUCUGAUGGACUUAUUAGUACUGUUGAUCCGUAUGAUGUACCAGCACCCAAAUACAGCACAGAAUGGAAAUGUUAUGCAAGCAGAUUCGUAUGCUCCUGCAAAUCUUGUGAUGGAAGUAUUGCGCAUGUUAUGUAGCGGAAAAGAGUGUGCUACAGAGUGCCUGUACAAGAGCAUCAUUACUGAUUCCCUUCUUUUUCCAAUAGUCCCAUUGCUGAAAGAAAAACAGAUAAUUACCUGUAAUGAAACAGUGCUGAUAAACAUAGCUGAUAUUUUGGCAAGGAUAGCCUCUACAGACCGAGGACUUUCGUUGCUCCUUUUUGGUGAAAAUGACAAUGCUGUUGCAACAAAUUGUCUUUCUGCUGCACAAAUAAUUGCAGAAUUUACCAAAAGGCUACUUGAUGGAGAGCUUCCAGCUUUAGAUGGCUCUGAACCAUCCUCAGCUCUGAAAGGGGCUUUCAUUUUUGUCUGCCGUCAGAUGUACAAUACAUGUGAGGGUCUCGAAGUUCUGAUGCCCUACGGUCUACAUGAAUCUAUCUCUAAAGCAUGGAAGAAGGCCAGUUUACUUACAGAACGGAUACCAACUCCUGUAGCAGGAAAUGAAUCAGGUUCUUCAACAGCUCAAGAAUUGCAAAACAUGAUGAUCUUGGAAGAAAUGCUCCUGGACAAUCUGUUAAACUUUGCUGCCACUCCAAAAGGAUUAUUACUUCUGCAGCAAACUGGAGCAAUCAAUGAGUGUGUGAAUUAUAUGUUUAGCAGGUUCACUAAAAAACUUCAGGUCAGUAAAUGUGAAAAGUUUGGAUACGGAGUAAUGGUUACACAAAUAGCUGCAACAGCUCCUGGCAUCGUGGCACUGCAAAGUUCAGGGUUCAUCAAAGCACUUGUAAUGGAACUGUGGUCUGUUUUGGAGUGUGGAAGAGAUGAUGCUAGAAUGAUCAAUCCUAAGCCCACUCCUGUGGAGCCCAUAGACCGAAGUUGUCAGAAGUCAUUCCUAGCUCUGGUAAACCUACUCUCAUCUUACCAAGCUGUCUAUGAACUUAUUGGUAAUCUGCCACUGCCAAACAAGGCGGUAUACUCCUUACGUGAAGUGCCAAGCUCAAUUGUUGAUGUAAUUGACCGAUUGAUAAUUAUCAAUUCAAAUGCCAAAAUACACUCGCUGUUCAACUAUGAGCAUUCCCAUAUGUUUGGACUUAGGCUGCUGAGUGUUUUGUGCUGCAAUCUGGAUAUUCUUUUACUUUUGGAAUCCCAAUACAGUGUAUCAGAAAUUCUCUUAAAUGCACAAAAGGAAAACAUUAAGGAAGAUUUGGAAAAUCUAGGGGACUUCAUAAUUGACGGUCUCUCUGUGGAGAGAAAUCAUAUACUUAUCCGCAUGGAUCUUGUUGGGGGAGCUUCGGAACGGGUUUUACCUCCAAGAGUUUUGCAGAAGGGAAAUGACCCAUAUCCUUGGCCACUAUUUUCCUCUUACCCCAUACCAAAGUGUUACCUUCAAGAACCAUUGAAAAAUCUUGCUCUAAGACAAGAUAAUGAAGUUAUCAAGUUACUGAAGAAUUCAGAGAAGCAGACAGACUGGCUAGAGUGCUGUAAGAAGCUGUUCUGUAAAACUAUGACAACCAAACCUGAAAUCAUCAAAGGAAACACUCUUGUUGAAUUGCUGGAGAAAGUUGUUGAGUAUCUCUCCAACAACCCAUCUGAGUGGUUCUUCAGACCAUAUGAAGCAACUGAUACUGGUGUCAAGCAUCUCAGUCUUUCUCCUAUUCAGCAGCUUGGAAUAAAGAUGGUUGUCAGAUAUGGCAGAUUCCUUGGGGUACUAAAGACUGAUUCUGAUAAGGAACUUGCAGUUCUGCUGAUGCACUGUGAUAGAUUUUUGAAACAACAGCAGGUUGCCACAAGCUCUUCACUUUGCUGUCUACAGGGAGGUUAUGUUAGGCAUGACUGGUUUGCAUCUACUGCAUUUUUGAUCAUGUCAGGGGACGGAGAGAGAACACUAAAAUUUCUGCAACAAUUUUCGAACCUCCUUGUUUCAGCAUUUCUCUGGUUGCCUCGCCUACAUCGCUCGAUCCACCUUCCUGUGGAAAGCGCGGAGUCUGGUAUCCAUCCUGUGUAUUCCUGCACAACUUAUUACAUUGAGAUGCUACUGAAGAUGGAGUUGCCACUUGUCUUCUCAGCAUUCCGCAUGUCAGGCUUCACUCCUUCACAGAUUUGUCAACACUGGCUGGCUCAAUGUUUCUGGAACUAUUUGAACUGGACUGAAAUUGGACAUUACAUCGCCAUCUGUAUAAUCUUGGGCCCUGAUUAUCAGGUUUACAUGUGCAUUGCUUUGCUGAAACACUUGCAACAAGGCAUUCUUCAUCACAUGCAAACUCAAGAUCUCCAGGUUUUUCUAAAGGAGGAAGCAAUCCAUGGAUUUCAUAUUAGCAGAUAUUUGGAAUAUAUGGAAAAGCUGGAAAAAUCCUACAGAACUACUAUACUAACAGGAAUGAAGAACAUUAAAUAAUGAGUGAAAAUAGAUUUAAAAUUUGAUUACUUUCUUACAACUCCAUUUUCAAUUCUUAUUUGUAUAAUUUUAUUGGAAGAAUAUAUUAAAAAAUCUUAAAUAUGUAUAUAAAAAUGCAGCUUCAUAUUUAGAUGAUAUACUGUUACUGAAAAACAUUUUGGCAAAUGUUUGAAGAAAAUUACCACAAUUUCACAAAAAACAACUACAGCAAACUAAAUAAAAGAUAUUUUUUGGAGUUUUACCCAUGCGUUCAAAUGUAUUCCAUAUCCCUUUAGCUUUCAGUUCAUAUUUAGCAAAUCGAAGGGCAUUUGAGUUAUUGUUUUAUUCUUCUAGAGUUAGGCCGGAGAGUUAUUUUCAUUCCCAUUGUGACCUAUUUAAAGACGUGCAAAUGGGGGAAAAAUAUUUCAUCCAAUACAUUUUUCACCAUUUCACCUUAGCAAUGUUGGAUACAAGGAAAACCUUUGAUGUAUUUAAGUGUGAUCAGAGCUUAAUUAAAAGGAAGGUGUGGCGACUCACCGUCGCGGCGUGGCAACCUCGACAGGCUGUUGCAGAUCCAAAUGGGCCGGUUUGAGGCGGUCCGCCAUGACGCAGAGGCCGCCCCCCUAAGCGGCAGCUGGCACAGCCCAUGGACCUUAGGGACUGUAUCGCCGGUUCUGGGGGGGGUUGUGUGGCGACUCACCGUCUAGUCGGGCGAACCGGCUCGGCAGUUGGGUCGCGCGGCGUCGGAGCGACGAGGCCCAAGAUGGCAGAGGGCCUCGUCUUUCCGAGCGACGGGGAGAACCCGCGCGCGGGAAAGUCCUGAUGAUGUAGGACUUACGUCAUUACCGGUUGUUUUGGGCGGGAAC